CGCUCAUGGCUAUGUGCACUGCAAACCCAGACAGGGCGCCCUUCAUCAGCCGCGCAAAUUGGCGCUCCAAGGUGUUGGCUGUGGAUCUGCAAGGGGUGGGUCUCACGGAUUUGCGCUUUUUGGCCGAGCUCCCCGAAUGCCAAUUCCUAUGCCUCAGCGAUAACGAGAUCCCCAACUUGGACUGGCUUCCACCUCUGCAGAAGUUGGAGUCCCUGCACUUGGAACGAUGCAAUUUGACAUCCCUCAAAGGCAUCGCCAGAUGCCAGGAGUUACAAAAGCUGGAAGCAGGUGGAAAUCACCUCACCGACGCGUUGGAACUCCAGAAGCUCAGCAAAUUGAGCCAAGUCUCCCUGGAGGACAACUUUGUGGACUCCCUAGACACCUUUGCCCAAUUGAGUUGUUUGAUGGAACUCUACUUGAGCAACAAUGUCAUCGAGGAGCUGAGAUCUUUGUUGCUGCUGAAGCAACUGCCGAAGCUCUUGGUCCUGGACCUGGCGGGCAACGACCUUUGCAAGGCCAGUGACUACCGGCAGUACGCCAUGUUCCACCUGCGAAAAUUGAAGGUGCUGGAUGGGAUCCCCUUGUCCAAGGCCGAACAACAACAGGCAGAUGAGAAGUUCAGUGGCAAGGUCACCAUGGAGUUGCUGGAAGACAAGCUGGGCCCUUCGCCCUCCUGUUAUACCUUCCGCACGGUGGAUCUUAGCAACCAGGGGAUCCGCGAAAUCGGCCAGCUGAUCAAUGACGACCUCUUCCCAUCUUUGAGGGAGUUGGUCCUGGAUGGCAAUCCGAUCACGGACAUCAGGAACCUUGGGCCGCUGGUGAAGCUCCUGGUCUUGCGUCUUAACAAGACCAAACUGGACCUGGAGAGUGGCGUCCUUGGCGGCGCCGAGUUUACUGGCGGCUUGGGGACCUUUCCCAAUUUGCAGGUCUUAGAGCUUGGCUACAGCUGCAUUGCAGAUAUGAGAGUCUUCUCAGAGUUGCCCCUGCAGAGCCUGAGAAUUUUGCACCUCCCUGGCAACGAGAUCAGUAAGUUGGAGGGCUUGAACAAGAUGGAGCAGUUGAGGGAGCUGGUGCUGGACAAGAAUCGGGUGAAGCAGUUUGAUGAGAAGUCCUUUGAAGGGCUCAGGGCGUUGCGAGAGCUGCGUGUGGAGGACAAUGGACUGAAGAGUCUAUCCAACAUUGGCCCUUUGCCGCGGCUUCGUGCGCUCUACCUGUCAUUGAACCGCAUUGUGGAGCUUUCGGAACUCGAGAAACUGCGCCCCUUGCGGCACUUGCUGGUGGUGCACAUGGCUCAAAAUCCAGUAGCGCGGAAGCCGCAGUACCGGCUGCAGCUGCUACACUGUGUUCCGACCGCGCGCGCGGUGGAUGGCCGGGAGGUGACGCAUGAAGAACGGGAGCGACUAGAUCAGGUGGCGUUUAUGGAUGGUGGCAAGACUGCAGCAGUCUAUGUUUUCAAUGAUCCUCCACCUUCAAAUGUACAAGUGACCUUCAUAUCACCGCCUGUUGCGACCGUGCAAGUACCAGGUGGCCCCGGAAGCGACCUGGCCAAAGCGCCGGGAGCCGAGCGGGAUCGCCGGUCUUCACAGGGGCAGGUGGAGAUGGACUUGUCAGGUCUGAAGAAGGAUCGCGCACAAUCCGCGCGCAAGACAGUGCCAAAUACCGGUCCAGGCAGAUGACGCGACACAUGCAGCUCUCAAGAAGUGAGCUUUGCACGGCGACGGUUGUUGUUUGAACCGGAUACUGUAUGGGUCAAAACUGG